GCCAGUAAAGAUGCAGCUUUUAGAUGGGUACCUCCGGCGCAAGCUCGGUCCUUCGCGGCGUGCUUUCCUUGUUGAAGUGGUGGGCCUAAGCAAUUGUCUGCGCACGCCGCAAAUCUGCACUUACCUCUAACGUUCCGCUUGUUGGCCCUCGCAGCUAACAAACUUGUGUGAACGCACGUUUUGAGUCCAUUGCCAGGGGUUGCCUACGUGGUUGCCCAUAAGCCGCCGGGGCUCAAUCUUGCACAGCCCCGGAACGUCGAGCUGUUGGCUGGCCAGUAUGCGGCGGGGCCUUCUGGGCGUGCCCCUCGCGGUGGCCGUCCUUGCCUCCCUGCUGCUGCUGGAGCUGUGGACGCCCCCUCAGGCCGCCAUGGAGGGGGCCACGCUGCACCAGGGGACGCCGGAUCUGUUGCAGCCCUUUGAGCGGGUGGCGCGGGGGGAGAGCCGCUUGGAGAAGGCGCGCAGGACAGUGGCCCGCAGGCGAGCCGAGGCGGCGGUCGCAGGGGGAGCGCUGGCGGCCCUGGAUGCACCACGAAGCGCAUCCAGCAAGAAGAAUACAAGCGAUCGCAGCCUGCAACAGGUGGAGGGGGCAGCGGGGCCAGAGAACAGCACCGAGCUGCGUGAAGGCGGGGCAGCUCCCGCUCAGGUGGGGCGCCAGGCAGGGGCACUGCAGGAGGGGGUAGGCGGAGCCGGGUGCGAUCCAUCAGAGGGGGGGGGUGGCGGCGGGCUGAGCAUCGGGGCCUGCUUCAGCAUGUGGGCACAAUUGACAACAGCACAGUCUGAGUUGCAAGAAGCGAUCCAAUUGAAGUGGCAGGCAAACAGGCUGCACGACGAGGCGUGGUUCAUGAUGGAUCGCCUCGACCGCUCGCGCACCCUGACCACCACCCUGCGGGCCUGGUACCUCAACCAUACCCAGCCAGAAAACGCCACUCAACCGCAGAAUGCCACCAGUGCACCCGCUGUGGAGAUUGACCUGCAGGGCGUGCUGGUGGCGGCGCGCGCGAGGGGGAUCCCUGUGAGCGAGGAGACGCAGCAUGCCUGGGAGGAGUGGCACUACAUUGCGUAUCACUUCCCGGCGGGCACUGGGGACGUGGUGCGGGAGCAGCUGCGGACGGCGGAGGCAGAGUGGCGGCAGCGGCUGGACGAGCGCGAGGUUGCGCUGCGGAGCGUGGCGGACAUGCACUACCGCCUCAAGGGACGCUUUGCAGGGGAAUGCAUUGGGGAGGGCUUUCCGCCGUCCCUGUUGGCCACCAUCUACUCGGAGGACGAGCGCAGGGUCUGGCUGUCAACACCGGGGGGGCAGCAGAAAGGCGCAACAGGCGGGUCGACGGAGGAGCCUGCAACGGGCGAGGAGGAGCAAGAGAGUGACGCCCUGGUUGGCGAGGACGGAGGGGGGCAGGCCAACAGCACGCGCAGUGAAGAGGAGGGCAAUGCUGCAGCAACAGGGGCGGCUCUGAAGGGUCCGGAAGGGGCCCAGCCAGGCGCAGCAGGAGGGGGCGGGGGGACAGCGGGCGCGGAGUGGCGGGUGGGGAAGGAGCACUGGUUCCUGCAGCGGGACCUGUUCCCGGGCGAGAAGAACGUGAGCUUCAUCCUGCAGUACUUCAAGCACCCCGACAACGUGGCGCCCCUGGUGGCCGCGCUGGCCGGGUGCCGCGCGCAGAUGCCGGGGCUCACCGCGGAGCUGCUGGCCAACGUGGACAACCCCGAGGACGCGCCCCUCUGGAUGGCGGCGCGCAACGCGACCGGGGACUUCGUGGUGCCCGUCUUCUCGCACAACAUCCACGAGGAGCGCAGCUACAACCGCCUGGGGCGCAUGGCCACAGGCGCCGUGCUGGUGUUCCUGCAGGACGACCAGCUGCCCCCCGCGGACUGCUCCUGGCUCGGCGACCUCCUGGCGGCGUACCAGCACUACCCGCAGCUGGGCAUAGCAGGCCUGAACCGCGGCGUGUACAGCAGCCAGGACACGGGCUGGCGCAUGAGCGCCCUGAACGGCGACAACGUGUACCUGCGCAGCGCCGCUGCGGGCGUGGACAUGCAGUUCGUGCUGGAGGUGGACCUGGCGCCGAUGGCGAUGCGGCGCGGCGUGUUUGACACCGUGGGCGGCUUUAAUGAGGCCUACUCGCGGCCGGGCGAGGGCGCCGUGUUCCUGGACUACGAGCUGUGCAUCCGCACGUGGCUGGCGGGGUACCAGGUGGCGCACGUGGCCAUGAUCCCGGGGAUGCAGCAGGCGGGGGAGUCGGGCACGCGCAGCGGGCGGCAGCUGGCCAUCCGCAUGAAGAACGAGGGCAUGAACGGCGUGGACAUGAGCCUGCGCAUGACCAAGUUCAUGCCGGCCAUCGACGAGGAGGUGCUGCGGCUGAACCGGCAGCUGGAGCCGGUGUACCCGGACUACCCGCGGCCGUGGGAGGGAGAGCCGCCCUGGCAGGACAGCAGCAAACGACCAGUGCGGCUGCCAAGGUUCUCGUCAAAUCGAACAGAGUCAAACAGUCUUUAACAUGCACCCCUUUAUUUAUUGUCUAGAAGUAUGGUGAUUGGUAUUAAUCAAUCAACGCUGUCAUGCGAAAUUGCUAGGUAUUCGAUUGGGCUCGGGAAGGUAGAAUGGAAUAUGUAAAUCAGCAUAUGAAACGUCAAACGAACACGAUGCGUCGAGUUGGAUGUAUGAGAUUUAUUAUCAUGUGCAUUAUAGUACGGCCGGGGCGU